AUGGUCGCGCUCUCCAAAGCGCGUCAGUGCGCAGCCUCGAAGAAGACGUCAUGAGCGUCUUACUACCAAACAUGGCGGACUUUGAUACCAUUUAUGAGUUAGAAGACGAUGAGGAGGACCUUGUAGUGAGCGAAGAGAACUUGCCCCGAUACUGUCCGGAGCCGGUGGUUAUGCGGGGGGCUGGGCACAUCACAGUGUUUGGACUCAGCAACAGAUUCGACACAGAGUUCCCUACUGUUCUCACGGGAAAGGUAGCACCGGAAGAAUUCAAAACCAGCAUCAGCAGGCUGAACGCGUGCUUGAAAAAGAACCUCCCUGUGAACGUGAAGUGGCUUCUCUGCGGCUGCCUGUGCUGCUGCUGCACGGUGGGCUGCAGUCUGUGGCCCGUUAUCUGCCUCAACAAGAGAACGAGGCGAUCCAUUCAGAAACUUCUGGAGUGGGAGAACAACCGAUUAUACCACAAGCUGGGUUUGCACUGGAAGCUCAGUAAAAGAAAAUGUGAAAGCAGUAACAUGAUGGAAUAUGUGAUUCUUAUAGAAUUCUUACCUAAAUAUCCCAUAUUGCGGCCGGACUGAGGAGGCUGUCCUCAGGCUGAAGGUGUGGCCCUCCAAUCUCAUCCGUAGUGCCUUGUACAUACAGUUGGUUGGAAUGAGGGUCUGCACUGGCGUCUCCUGUGAUGACUCCCAUACAUCUCAGUUCCUUGUACAUUCAAAUUUUUUGCAACACUGUCACUUUGCUUUAGAGCAGAUUUUGCACAUUUUUUCCCCCAUCGGAACCUGACUCCCUCGUUGCAUUUGGAUGUUUUUGUUACCUUUAGAAAAAAAAAAGAAAAACAAAAGAAGUGAAACUCACCAGAAGUUCACUAGAAGUGCAUUUACCCCAAAGCACCACUGACCUGUAGCUCAUCUGUCAUAUCGGUAGUUUCUCGCAAAGAAUGUGAAACUUUGCGUAACUCUCUUUGCCUUAUGUGUGGAUAGGAGGAAACAAAAUCAGCGUCCAUGUAAGCGGAUGCCAACAGAUGAUCCCAGCAUCCAGAUGUCAUUUGCUGGUUUUUAAAAACCAGUUCUUUGCAGUUCGAUGGGAUGAUGGUGGAACGCGCAUGGUGGAUCUCAUCCCUCUGUGUUUUGUCUUAACCCUUUGAGAACUUGACCUGUAAAUACCACGCUAGAGUCGGCUGUACAGUGGUUUACCAUUUGUUUACAUAUUGUUACAUUUUUUUUGCCAAAAUAUUUGCUGUACCAUAGUUUUGAUGAAUGAAAGGUGUCUGUAUACCUUUCAGGUUUAUAUGGACCUGUUUACCUUGUAAGCCAUAUGUUGACAUGUAACUGAUGCCAGAGUAAAGGACUUAUUAUUGCACUUGAGCCGAGAAAGAGUGAGAAUUUCAUAAAACUGCAUCUGAAAUAUGGUACAUUCUUUUUAUCAUAUUUUUUUUUAUUGUUUUUGCCAAUAAAGAUGACACUAUUGUUAAACACAUUUGGAAGAUGUUGUUUUGUUUAUUAUUUUUUUAUAUUGAUGCUCUUUUUGUGAUCAUUUUUUUCUCCGAGCUACAGUUCAUCCUAAUUUGUUUGGAGGAUCAUCCAUCCCGGAUGUUUUGAGCAGAUGGCUCCUUUGUUUCUUCCUGUUAUACCCCAAUAGAACGACUGCAUCGCGUUGUACUCCUGUCCUUCUGAAGCAGUAGUUGAUGAGACUUCAAAUCCUCUAAAUGUUUAUCAUGACAACCGAACUAACUUCUGGGGAAACACAAUAAAUGGUUGGUUUUUA